GAGGAGGGCUGCAAAAUGUCGCCUCGCUUUCCUUUUCCGCCCAAACUAUGAAAGGAAGGUGAUUCGGCUCAUGAAUUGCUUUUUGCAAUAGCGGCUGCAAAGGAAGGACGGGGCUGCGCGGCGGAAAAGGGGGUUAUGCCUGCCCUGACUGGCGGCAGAUUUCUCUAACAGCAGACCCAAGUCAGAAACCUGACAUUUCCUCCCAAGUGGAAGAAGCAGAGAGGAUUCCCUUGCUGUGGAAAAGCCGGCGACGACAGUCUCUUGAGAAAUAAAAUGGCCACUUCUCCAGAAGAAGCGAUGGGCCUGGGCCUGCCAUCGCCGAUUCACGUGAAAUUGGAGGCCCAGUGCCAAGCAGACGAUGGCACGAGAGGAGAAGAUGAAAAGGCCCCUUAUAUGAUCCAGUCUGGGGGCGCUGAGGAGGUUUCAAGAGGGGCACCCAUGCUGAGGGUGAAGCAGGAGCUGGCGGAGGAACAAUUUCCCAGCUGGGAUUGCCAGUUGCAGCGAGUGCUGGAGGUGGUGCAAACUCCCGCCAUUGCCCCACCGUGGGACAAUUCACAGUUGCCUCCUCUUCCACAAGUAGGCAACACUGAGGCCUACUUGACCACUUUUGAGCGGGUGGCCGAUGCUUCCCAGUGGCCCAGGGAAGACUGGGUGACCCGGCUCAUGCCUGUCCUCAGUGGGCAAGCCCAACAGGCAUAUUUUAGCUUGGAUUCAAAAGACAAAGGGGACUAUGGGAAAGUGAAGGUGGCCAUUUUGAGGCUGGACAGCUACAUUGCCACUGAGACACAGCGCCAAGGUUUCAGGCAUUUCUGUUACCAGGAUGCUGAGGGGCCACGGGGGACGUGCCAGAAGCUACAGGAGCUUUGCUAUCGCUGGUUGAGGCCUGAGAGUCAGACCAAAGAGCAGAUCUUGGAUCUUUUGAUCUUGGAGCAGUUCCUUGUAAUUCUGCCGCAGGAAAUGCAGAGGUGGAUUCGAGAGCGUGGGCCGGAGACCUGCGACAGAGCAGUCGCCCUCGCCGAGGAGUUUUUGCAGGAACGGCAAGCGACCGAGAGAUGGGAACAACAGAUAACUGUGCCUGUUGAGAUGGUGAUCAUAAACUCCCCUAUCGUAGAUCAGGCUCUUUCUGACACAGUGCCGAGACAUCCUGCCAAGGAGACCAACCAAGCGGACAAGAAGAACGGCAGCUCCGAAGGUACCCCCCAUAGCAACUUUGUAAACAGAACUGGGGCCAAGGAGGCCCACCAGGGAGAGUCUCAGGUAGAAGAGCCGGGAAGGAGGCCUCAGGGAGGAUUUAGAGAGGAUUCCUUCCCGACAGCUGACCCUAAAAGAGCGUCCAUGAGCGAGCUGAGCCUGGGGAGACCGCAGAAGAGCUGCCUCUCGGUGAGGGUGCUGAAGGACAAAGACCUCGACGGGGUCUUUGCUGACCCGGAAGUCAAGCGGCACCUGUGUAAGGAGUGCGGGAAAAGAUUCCGCAAGAAGUGGGACCUCAUCAGGCACGAGAGGAUCCACACGGGAGAGAAACCCCAUCAGUGCACUUACUGCGGGAAGAGGUUCACGCGGCGCUCGCACGUGGUCAACCACCAGAGGCGCCACUCGUGCCAAGGAAGGUCUUGAUGGAGCAUCCGGCGAGACUUCGUAUGUACGACGGAGGGAAGAACGUGGAAGCAUUUUUACCCUGCAGUUCAGAGGACAAGAGCAAUGAUGUGUUGGGCUACGACGCUGGGAACGUCCGCUAACCUGUUAGAGAGAGUGACCUUGGGAGAGUUCCCUACUCACGUGCACUUCAAGUCUGGUGACGAGCCAAGGAGAAGCCAUUCCUUUCAAGGCCUUCUGUUUUAAUCAGGGUGGGGAAAGGAACCCUCCUUGUGGCAAGAGACUGAAGGGAAAGAAACAGGAUCCAAGCAGCAUUUGCCAGUUUGGGUGGGCGGACAUCUUUUUAUGUACUUUCAGAGUGAUGAGCACAGCCGGAAAGAUCGAGCUGUGCUAAUGCCUUUUGAACAGGUAUUUUAUAUUAUUACCCUUGCUGAGGAAGGGCAUCCUUUUGAUGCGUACAUCUGUGUUGCCUAAAUGGGGCAAGGGAUGCCCUAGAUUCCCCACAAAUAACAGUGGGUGUUGGCUGGAAGCGUCUUAGCACUUCGACCUUCUGUGCACAGGUAGACAUAAUGCUUCUGCUACCUGGCCGGAUCAGCAACUGAAGUGAGCCAUUCUCAAGCGGGGAGCUUUUGGGGAGCGAAAUAUGCUACAAGAGCAAAAAAAAACCCCACCCUCGUUGCCUCUGGGGACAGUUUGAAGACGCUGCACCAAGACCAGGCCCACGGCUUGAAAUAAACUCUAGGGCAGUCAGUCUUGACCUUCAGGUUUGCCAUUGGGCGGCCUCUCUGUGCAGUCCCGUGUGCAUGGGUGGAUGCGUGGCGCGUUUGGUUUUAUGGAAGAUGAACAUUAUCACCUGCUGGUCUGGGCUGAGGAAACAGCCGUCGAAGGCGCAGCUGCUGUGAUUGGUUGAAAAGUGGGUGAACUUGGUGGGAGGAAUGGGCGGGGACACCAGAAGCGUGUUAGCCUCACGCUGUUGGGAUGCUGCUCUAUGCAUGUGUGCCAAGAAGGGUUCCUUCAGGGCCUCCUAGCAAGCCGAUUGUCCCUGCCAUUGGCCUUGCUGGCUGGGAGCAUGUCCUUGCUGUUUCUAAGUUAGUGGCUGUUAAUGUGCUUCUAUGUUCAAAACGGUUACUUAAAAACAAAACAAAACCUGAUUCUGUGGCUGCUUAACUUAUUUCCCACUCUUUGAGACAAACAUCACAAGAUUUGAAUAGAAAGUGUUGAUCAUAAUCAUAUACUCAGAUAUCUGCUGUAAUAAAAAUCUGUGGGGGAAUCAUCAACACUCCCCCAAGCAGC